CCCAUUGUGUCCGUCUACGUUGUCCUGCGGCGGUCGUGGCCAUCAGUCGAGAUGUUGCAGCCCAGGAUAUGUCGACUCGGGCCCUCACGUUUCGCGAAGGCGCUCCUUUCCUCUGCUCGCUCCUAUGCCACCGCAAUCGACCAUGUCCCCCCGCCCGCAUUUGAGCCCGCCGUACACGCGGACACCGGUGUCCUACACUCCGAAGGUCCCAGAAAAGAUCAGUUCAUUCCGCUCCGAACGUACAAACCACGCACUCCGGGGUUGCGUCACCUCAAGCGACCCGUCAACGACCAUCUCUGGAAAGGCAGACCGCAUCUAAAGCUCACCAUUGCAAAAAAAGGACAGCAUUUGGGCGGACGAAACAACAGCGGGCGCGUCACAGUCAGGCACAGAGGAGGCGGCCACAAGAGGAGGAUCAGAAUCGUGGACUACAAGCGCUAUCUGCCCGGCAAACAUGUGGUGGACCGAAUUGAAUACGAUCCGAACCGCAGCUCACACCUGGCCCUCAUCACCCGGGUAGAGACGGGCGAGAAGUCCUACAUCGUGGCUGCUGAUGGCAUGCGAGCGGGCGACGAGAUUGAAAGCUUCAGGACCGGUAUUCCACAGGACCUGAUAGAAAGCAUGGGCGGUGUCAUCGAUCCCGGUAUGCUUGCCGCCAAAACCGCCACGCGUGGGAACUGCCUCCCUAUCCACAUGGUGCCCUUGGGAUCGCAAGUCUACAACGUCGGCUCCAAGUCCCACGGGGGCGGCGUUUUCUGCCGAAGUGCGGGCACGUACGCCAUCGUUGUGAACAAGGAAGAGGCAGAGAAAGGGAACGGCGUCGAGAUCAAGAGCGUAAUAGUGCGUCUGCAGAGUGGCGAGCUUCGGAAGAUCAGCCCUGACGCGUGUUGUACCAUUGGAGUUGCGAGCAACCCGCAAGCACACUUCACAUCACUGGGUAAAGCUGGGCGGUCGCGAUGGCUGGGAAGGAGACCUGAAGUUCGAGGUGUUGCCAUGAAUGCAGCGGAUCACCCUCACGGCGGUGGACGAGGUAAAUCGAAGGGUAACGUGCACCCGGUUAGCCCGUGGGGCACUCCGGCCAAAGGUGGCUACAAGACGAGGCACAAGAGGAACAAGCACACGUUUCUCGUCCAAGACCGACCACGCAACCAAGGCAAGCGUAGACCGAGAUAGAGCAGCCACAUGCCUCCAUGUAUCACUAUACUUGUUACCCAAUCUGUAUCAUAUUCGCUUGCAUGGGCACAUGGGCUGCAGGCGUCUCUGGCGAUACAUAGUACCGAAGCCUGUUGGUAUGCUAGACAUGUGGCAGACCAAUGCCUGCAAGCCCUCACCCUCAACCAACUGCUGCGCUUUGCAUGUAUGACACUU